AUGCAAACAUAACCUGGAGUACUAGAUUUAUCAGCCUAUAACUUACCUAAAAGUGAUUCUCUUUCAAUAAGAAUACAAGAGAACUUCUCUCUUUAUGGAGUGAGAUAUGCUUAGUUAGUUGUUGUGGCCAUUGCAAUCGGAGGACUUACUAAUUUUGCAGUUCUGCUUGCACUACUUCUAAGUUAUUUAGGAUGGGCAUUUAUAAUGAAAUAAAGUUCUAUUUUAGAUUUCCUACCUGAUUUAGGAUUUGUCAAUACUCAAGACAAAAAAAUGAUACUUUUACUUCUAUUUAAUAUUUUACUUAUUUUGGGCGAUUUCAGGUCCUCAAAUAUUGACUUAUGUGGGUCUUGGAUGUUUAAUUGUAAUUGUGCAUGCAUCAUUAUGGAAAAGUCCAUCAACUUUACCUGGAUAAGACAUUUAAUCAGAGUUCGAUAAAGUGUUAAUGUAAAAUGAUGUUGAAUUAAUUAAUCAUUGAAGUAUAUAGAUCAUAAUAUUAUAUCACU